GCCCUAGCACUCACCCAGAACCAGCCAACCCCUCAACAGGAUAGAAGGCCCCACCACUAACCCAGAACCAGCCAACCCUCAACAGGAUAAAAUAUCCUACCACUAACCCAGAACCAGCCAACCCUCAACAGGAUAAAAGGCCCCACCACUAACCCAGAACUAGCCAACCCUCUACAGGAUAAAAUAUCCCACCACUAACCCAGAACCAGUGGUGGAGAUGUUGGCCUGUAGUUUACUGUCUCUGGUAGGUCUGGCUGUCACCAUCUCGAUACCUUCCUUCGUUGAUGGAGAGGCACUUUAUGUGUUGUCAGCUCCCAACCUCCUGCGUGUGGGCUGCACGGAAAAUAUAUUUGUGGAGUCUCAGGACCACACAGGUGGUCCCCUGAAUGUUGAUAUCUUGGUGAAGAAGUUCCCAACCCAGGAACAUUUGCUGGCCAUUAAAUCAGUGGUUCUGGAUGCAGCAAACAACUUCCAGUCUCUGACACAGGUUGUCAUUCCAGCAAAGGAGCUUCUUGUGGAGGACCCUGAGAAGAAACAGUUUGUUGUCCUGCAGGCCCGGUUUCCUGUCCGCCUCCUGGAGAAGACUGUGCUGGUGUCCUUUCAGUGUGGAUACAUCUUCAUCCAAACAGACAAGACAAUUUACACACCGGCCAGCACAGUCAGCUACAGAUUGUUCUCUAUGAAUCCUGGCCUUGAGACUUUAUCCACAGCUAUCAUUGUGGAGAUCACAAAUCCUGAUAACAUCCCCAUCCAUAAGAAAAGCAUCUACAUAAACCAAGGAGUCAAUUCAGAAGAAUUCAAACUACCAGAGAUGGUCAACUUCGGGACAUGGCAUGUGGUCGCAAGAUUCAAGAGUAAUCCUGAGAAGACCUUUUCAUCUGACUUUGAGGUGAAGGGGUAUGUUCUGCCUAGUUUUGAGGUUAUUCUAACCCCAGCGAAACCUUUUUAUAACAUCGAGGACAAAGACUUGACAGUUUCUAUCACCGCAAAGUAUCGACACGGUGUUAACGUGAUAGGAGCAGGAUACGUGGUGUUUGGGGUCAUUACAGUUCUCAAUGAGAAAAAGAGCAUCCCCAGCUCUCUGCAAAAAGUUGAAAUCAGAGAAGGUAAAGGAGUGGCUCGUCUGCAUAAAGACCACAUCACACAGACUUUCACAGACAUUAAAAGACUGGUCAAGCAGUUCAUCUACGUAUCCAUCAGUGUAUUAUCAGAAGGCGGGGGUGAGAUGGUAGACGCAGAGAUCAGAGGCGUCCAGAUCGUCACUUCGCCUUACACCAUACUCUUCACCAAAACACCACAUUUCUUUAAACCUGGUAUGCAUUUUGAUGUCUCUGUGCACGUUGUAUAUCCUGACAAAUCUCCAGCCAGUGGUGUGGAGAUUGAGCUGUCUCCAAAUAAUGUUAGAAGGGUGACCAGAGAAAACGGUAUUGCCAAGGUUACAAUCAACACAUUGCCAUCAGCUACUGAGCUCCUUAUCACUGUGAAGACCAAGGACCUGGCUCUACCUCCUACCGGACAGGCAGAAGCCAGCAUGAAGGUUCUGGCCUACAGGACGUCCACCAAAAACCUACUCCAUAUCUGGGUUGAAUCUGAUGAGGUGAAAAUAGGAGACACCAUAAAGAUCUACUUUACCAUGGGAUCUCUCCCGUUACAGAACCAAGAACUUACAUACCUGCUCCUUAGCAGAGGUCAGUUGGUGAAAGUGGGCAGGGUCAAGACACAGGGACAUUCCCUUGUGUUAUUGACUGUUCUCAUCACCAAGGAAAUGCUUCCAUCAUUACGUAUUGUUGCAUAUUACCAUGUGGGAACAGCUGACUUGGUGGCAGAUUCUGUCUGGGUUCACGUCAAGGACUCCUGCAGGAGCAUUUUUAAAGUGAGGAUGACCAGACCUAAAGCGUCUUAUGGACCUGGAAAUUCUGUCAGUCUGACUCUCAGUGGAGACCCAGGAGCUAAAGUAGGACUGGUGGCUGUAGAUAAGGGAGUCUAUACACUCAACAACAACCACCGUCUUACACAGAAUAAGAUCUGGGACACCAUAGAGAAGCUUGACACAGGCUGUACAGUAGGAGGAGGGGCAGACAGCUUGAGCGUGUUCUAUGAUGCCGGUCUGAUAAUUGAGACCAACGCGGCUUUUGGGACUCAGAUCAGAACAGACCCCAGCUGUCCAUAUAAGGGCAGGCAAAGGAGAGCUGUGAUGUCAGAAGAACCAGGGAGCCUUAAUGUCUUUACUACACGGGCCAAUAAGAACACUGACUUCCAGAACCAGACAUCCUCCAUAAGGCAUGACUUCCAACACGACACACCACUGCUCUCAGACAGCAAUGACCAACGUGCCAAAGAUGGCUUUAUAGAUUUGGAAGACAUUUAUACACACAGCAAUUUCCUGGAGAGUUGGUUUUGGAUGGAAAUCAUGCUCCCUAAAUGCCCUGCUUAUGACAAGCACUGCAGGAGCACAUCCUCUGAAAGAGCAAUCUUCCUGAAGGAUUCUCUCACCACCUGGCAGAUAACAGCCAUCAGUCUGUCUCAAACUCAGGGCAUUUGUGUGUCAGAACCAUUUGAGAUUAUCGUUCAGGAUACUUUCUUCAUUGACCUCAUGCUGCCCUAUUCGGCUGUCCGCAACAAACAGCUGGUGGUGAAAGCCAUCCUCCACAAUUACAGUGAAGAGUCCAUUGCUGUGCAGGUGGAUCUGAUGGUGGAUGACACAGUGUGCAGCUCCGCCAGCAAAGGGAGUUAUAGGCAGGAAGUGAACGUGGCUUCAAUGUCAACCCUGGUCGUCCCAUAUGUCCUAAUUCCCAUGACACUGGGCGAGGUCUCUGUUGUGGUCAAAGCUUCUAGAAAAGACCAUUACAGUAGUUAUGGGUUGAAGAGACACUUCCUUGUCCUGCCUGAGGGAGUGCUGGUCCGAGAGGCAAACCUCAUUCUCCUAAAGCCUGAUAAACAUGGGGGCGCGCAGACUGAACAUAUACGCAGUGCAGUGUACAGGGACCAGGUGCCCAAUUCUCAUGCUGAUACAUUGAUCAGUGUUAAAAAAGACGACUUGGAGGAUAAUGAAAUCAUGAUCAAAGUGGUUGCAAGGCCAUCAGUCAUCUCUUGGCAAAUUACCAAGGAGAACCAGUUCAGAAACUACCAGAUCAGAUAUUUUGAUAAGAGCAUGACAGUAACAGCUUCAGGAAAGGGUGAGGUCUCUGUGAUUGUGGAAAGAUGGUACUAUGCCCUGCCAGAGAAGAAAGAAAGUGACUGUGAAAACCUUGAUUUCUCUAUUACGUUCACCAAGAUGGACAGGCCAAGCCACCAGGACGCUGAGGAGUCCUUCAUGCUCAACAUUGAUGUGUUGUAUCACAAAGAAAGAGAUGCAACCAUAUUAAUAUUGGACAUUGGCUUGCUGAAUGGUUUCAUCGUAGACACAGAUGAUCUCAAAAUGUUGGCCAUUGAGAGGGGGUGCAGUAUAGAGAGGUUUGAGAUGGGCAGGGUACUGUCUGAAAGAGGUUCUCUCAUCAUACAUCUGGAUAAAGUUUCCCACAAAGUGGCAGACAAAAUAUCCUUCAAGGUCCACAGAGUGAUGAAUGUGAGAGAUCUCCAGCCUGCUGCCAUCUCUGUGUGUGAAUUCCAGAACAAGACCCCCUGCGUAAAGUUCUACCGCCCACAGAGGGGUGGUACCCUAAACACAGUGUGUUUUGAAGACUCAUUGUGUACCUGUGCUGAAGAGAGAUGCAGUGUGCAGAAGAACGAUGUGUCAGAGAAAGAAUGCAUGGACAAUGUCCGCGAGUUAUCCACAGACUAUGUUUACAAGGCUACGGUGGUGGACAUGAAUCUGACAACACAGACCGACACUUAUACGAUGAGCAUCGCCCAGGUUCUCAAGGCAGGUAAAGAUGAGAAAGUGAUGAAGGGGACGAAAGUGGUCUUCAUGGGGCUGCCUUACUGUAGAGAGGCACUGGGUCUUAAAGUCGGUCAAACGUAUAUUAUAAUGGGAGAGUCUAGAGACACGCACCUAGUGAGGGAGAAUGACCUACUGUUGUACAAGUACUUCCUGGGAGAAAAGACCUGGAUUGAGCACUGGCCCACAGUAUCAGAUUGCCUGUCCAGAGGCAGUAAAGUCUGCCAGGAAAUCGAAAAGUUACGACAUCAAAUUGUCACCUUUGGCUAUGGUGUUUAAAUAUUUGCCUUUUAUUUUGUGAUAUUCACAUUUAGCUUGAGGUCCUCCACCAAAUCGUUUACAGUAAUGUAGCAUUUUGAAUGGACAAACCCUUCAAGGUAAUAUGAUUAAUCCUGGAACAAAUUUACGGUGGAAUUGACAGCAUUAUGGUGAAUCUUUUGUUAAUGUCAUUUAAACAAUCAAAGUUGUCAUUUAUGGCGUCUUGCUGGAUCUGGAAAUCAAUCUUUUUGAUAUUAGUCUGACGCACAAAACUGCUAGGUCACCCUAAUUACCUAAACUACUUGGCUAAUAUGCAUUAAAUAAAUUAUUUAUAAAUCAUUUCAAGAGUGUGAAUCUCCUUAUGCUACAGAAACAAAUGUUGAGGGUUUACAAAACAGGCCAUCAGUGUCUGGUCUGCUUACGGUUCUCGGAGGAAGGACAAAGGCUGGUGAGGCAGCAAAUAUUCAUUUAUUAUCAUUAAUUUAUUCAUUAUGCUUUGCAGGGUUGGAACAAACCGCCAGAAAACCUUAGACUAGCUCCAGCAUGGUAUGAAAUGUACUGUAAAACUGACUUGACUUGCAUUGACUUGGGACACAGAUCAGGAAUAGAACAGACAGCGGGACCAGGACAUAGAGUGGGAAAGAAAGAGAUCAGGAAUAGGACAGAAAUUUGGACUAGGACAUAGAGUGUGACAGAUCAGGAAAAGGAAUGAGUGGGACAGAGAUCAGCCAGGACAGCUGUUCAUUAGGAAUCUAAUCAGUUGAUCAAAGCAAACUUUUUCUUCUCCCCAAAAAACACAUUAAAACAAAAUCAUCAGAUAUCUAUAGCAAAGAGACAUGUCAUCCUCCCAACAAUACUCCUAAUUAUUUAGAAGGGCGUUUUCAUUACUGAUGGGGAGAGAGACUAAUUAGAGAGUGAUGAAAUUUAAAGAUGAGAGAGUGAUG